ACGUUUGAUUCCAAUGGACUUCUCAUGAACCUCUGCUGCAAGGUUCGAAAACAUACGUGAUGAUUUGAAACUUGAAGAUGGUGACUCGAUCCGAGUCGAGUGUCAAUCUACGACAUGCGAUUCAUGGCGUGGUCUUCCUCACGCUCUUACAUAAUUGCUGGACUUGUUAUCAAUUUGGUUUCCUUGCACUUUAUUGAACCAUGCAACAGUCGCGAGCAUCACCGAUUGGUCAUCGAGGUCCCGGCUAAGGUGCUUGAGGUUCUAGCUGACGCAUCUCGAAUUCAACAUAUGCAAUUCUGUUUCCUUGGAAGUUGCCUUGGGCAUUUAACCAGUACCUCGCGGUCGCCGUGCGAUAUUAUCUAUGUAAGCGAUAAACGCCGACAUGUGUUACUUACUUCCCCUUCCUGUCAGCGAUCAAAAUUCGCAAAUGAACGAGAGUCGGCUGCAUCUUCCCGACUCUGCUAAAUGGCUUCAACAGGUUUCUCCGAAAAUUGCC